CGCAAUCAUCAUUAGAAGGCGUGUCCCGAUAAGAUGAAGUUUUUGAACAUCUGUCUGUUUAAUAUUUGUAAGAAGACAUGAAGUAUCUCUACAUAUAAAAUAUUGAAGUAAACUAUUCCAACCAACAUGGACAAUAACGAUAUCAUAACUGAGCAUGUACAUGAUGAGAUUAUUCAACAAGUUAAAGAAGAACAAACUAGUGAUAAUGAAACAAGCUAUCAGUGUAAUUUGUGUGACAAAGAAUUUAAAUCUAACUCUGAUUUAGAACAACACUGUGAAAUACAUGUUAAAGAAGAGAAAACUGACCAUGUACCAGUAGAUGAAUGUUAUCAUGUUAAAGAAGAAAUUGUAACAUGUUAUCAGUGUAAUUUGUGUGAUGAAGAAUUUGAAUCAGAAAUUGAUUUACAACAACACUGUGAAAUACAUGUUAAAGAAGAGAAAACUGACCAUGUACCAGUAGAUGAAUGUUAUCAUGUUAAAGAAGAAAUUGUAACAUGUUAUCAGUGUAAUUUGUGUGAUGAAGAAUUUGAAUCAGAAAUUGAUUUAGAACAACACUGUGAAAUACAUGUUAAAGAAGAGGACGACUCUGAUUUACAUCAUGGUAAAAAUUUGAAAUCAAGUUUUAGUCAGUUUAAUGAAACAGAGAUACAAAAUAAAACAGGUUCUACAGGUGAUGGAUAUCGUAAACCACCUGAGGCCAUCAAUACUGGUGAAAACUGUUAUAAAUGUUAUGUCUGUCGUAAAUCAUUUAGUAGUGACACAAAUCGUCAAGUACACUUGAGAACUCAUAUAGGUGAAAAACUUUAUAAAUGUGAUGUUUGUGAUAAAUUAUUUAAACACCAUUGUUCUCUUCAGAAACACAUGAGAAUUCAUACUGUAGAAAAACUUUAUAAAUGUGAUGUUUGUGGUAAAUCAUUUAAGCAUACUUUUACUCUAAAGACACACAUGAGAAUCCAUACUGGUGAAACACCAUACAAAUGUGAUGUUUGUGGUAAAUCAUUUUAUCAAAAUCAUCAUCUACAGAUACACAUGAAAACUCAUACUGCUCAGAGCAGGACUUGUACUGGUGAAAAACCCUAUAAAUAUCAUGUUUGUGGUGAAUCAUUUAAUCAGUGUAAUAAUUUACAGGCACACAUCAGAAUUCAUACUGGUGAAAAACCUUAUAAGUGUGAUGUUUGUAAUAAAUCAUUUAAUCAAAAUGGUAAUUUACAGAAACACAUGAUGAUUCAUACUGGUGAAAACGUUAUAAAUGUGAUGUUUGUGGUAAAUCAUUUGUUGUGAGUUUUAAUCUACAGACACACAUGAGAAUUCAUACAGGUGGAAACACCACACAAAUGUGAUGUUUGCAAUAAAUCAUUUGAUCAGAGUGGUCAACUACAGUCAUACAUAUGAAUUUAUACAAAUGACAAUUCUUAAAAGUGUGAUGUAUGUGGUUAUUCAUUUACUCAGAACAGUGAUCUACAGGCACACAUCAAGAUUCAUACUGAUGAAAAAUCUUAUAAAUGACAUUUUGUAAUAAAGCAUUUAUUGUGAAUUGUCAUCUGCAGAGAUACACAAGACUUCAUGCUGGAGAAAUACUUUACAAAUGUUAUUGCCAUCUAAAGACACACAUGAAGACACACAUGAAGACACACAUGAAGACACACAUGCAAACUCAAACUAGAGAGAAACAUAAAUGUGAUGUUUGUAGUAAAUCAUAUUUUUGUAAGAGGAAUCCAAAUAGCCACAUUCUAAAGGUACACAGGUGAAUUCAUAGUAAAAUACAUGUAGAUACAUCUAACACUGAUGGGUGGGUGGUCGAAUGGUUAAACACAUCUAACACUGAUGGGUGGGUGGUCGAAUGGUUGAACACAUGAACAUUUGUUCAUAAAUACAAGUAGCAUGGUUUUCAUCCCUCACUUGUAUGUGACAAGAAGUAGGGUCACCGGUCCAAACACAUUAAGGCCUUAUAUUGUGAGUAUAUAAAAUGGUAAUAUGGAUGGCAAAUCAUAAAUAUAUCGGGAAAUGGUGAUAUUGUUUCAUUAAGGACUGAUAUUAUGAGUAUCUGAUAUUGUUACAUUCAGCCUAGUAGGGGUUGGGGGGGGGGUGGGGGCUGGCCGAAUGAUUAACGCGUCCGCGUUUGAGUCAAGUGGCAUGGUUUCAAUUUCUGCUUGUACGUGAGUAGAGUCGCCUGUCAAAUCUCCUGGGCUCUCCCGGGUCCUUUGGCUUCUGCCCCCAGUUUAAGUCCCUACGCGCUAGAGAAUUUUUAAAAUGAAAUUGAACCACAUGUUAGUCCCAAAGUUACGUAGUUUGUGUCGAGUUGACGUUAAACCCCAUUCCUCUCCUUCUCUUUAUUUAUAUAUUAAACUUUUUUUUUGUAUUUUAUUAUAUUAUAUGUUUAUAU